GAACCGGCCCAUGGAGGCUCCGGUGUGCGCCCCCUAGUGGUGGCACACAUGCUGUUGCAGGUGAUCCACCAUCCAGAGACCAGAUCAGGUGUUAAUCCUCUCGGAGUUCUGCUGCUCAGAUGUCUGAGGUCCAUCACAGAGAGAAGGGUCUCUGAUCUCCACCUGAACCCCAGGAUCACGGCCAUCGGAGCAGAACCGGUGGCGGUUCCGCCCGUGGCGUCUGCCGUUCAGAGAUAAGGUGUUUGUCUGCUCCGCCCUGCAGGCGCUCUGUGUGUCUUUAAGCAGCUCGCUGGAGCAGAUCGCUGUUUGUUCAGUCUGUCAAUGAGUAAACGUGGAGCAGGAACAACCCCGGACCAGAACCAGAACUCUACACGCAGCUGACGGAAGCUGCUCACCUGCUGGAGGGAGGUCUCCCGCUUCCUCCCGUCUCCAUGGCGUCGCUGGAGUCGGUACUCAGUGCAUCCUCCCUCUCGUCGGGUCUCGUCCCGGCCUUUGUCCUGCUCCUCCUCCUCACCAUCUUCCUCACGGCUCUCUGCAGCGACUGCAACAGACGUUCUUUCGAGCUGAAGGAUCCAGAAUCAGCCAAAAGUCCCCCAGCGCUCAUCAGAGUGGUGAGACUCGAGGAGGUCCGAGAAAACCCCAUGAUCCAAGAGAUCCAGAAGGAUGAGAAAGAGUUUCAUCCUAAAGAGGAAACUCCGAGCAGUCCCUUCCACAUCCAGCAGGGGGAGCCAAAGACCGAUGAAGACUCACUUCCUGAGGAAACCCCAGUUUCCUUCAUUCCUUGGAGAAGCCACCUGGUGGCGCCAGAGAGUAAAGAUUUGAACGGCUCUGUUCCUUCAGACUCCGCCCACCUCUUUAACCCUCUGGAAUGGGGGCGGAGCAACAGCAACAAUGAACCCUCCCCUUCAGCCGGUGAUGGUCUUCCUCAGCCCCAUGGUGACGGCGCGCCUCGAUCUGCUGUCACGCUGCACUUCAGCGGUCCAGACAGGAACUCUGUCUAUGCCCGGGUCAGCAAGAAGCUCCGCCUCACAGACUCACCUGUUCACAGCUCUGAGGUAAAGCAGGAGGAGCAGGAGGAGGCGGGGGGGCAGGAGGAGGAGGCGCCUCCACUGCCUGAUAGGAAGCUGGAGAUGGAUGAAUGAUGAAAAACAAACAUGGAGGGGGAAGAUGAAGAAUUCUGACAGAAACAGGUGGUGAGGAAGAGGAGGACACAAGAAGAGCAGGAAACAGACCUUCACAAUAAGAGCUUCUCUGAUGAAGUUUUGAUUCAAGUCAAUGAAGGGAUCAUGAAGUGUGACGGACGACGUGCACAUCAGGAGGAGCAACAACAAGUGAAACUCACAAACGCUCCGGUCUGCAGAGAGACUGAUGAUGAUGAUGAUGAAGAAACGAGAACCUUGGGAGAACAACAACAAGAACAAGAACAAAACUCAAUGGAAAGAUAAAAACUUUAAUGGGGAGAAAAGUGACAUGACUUCUCCCACUGCUGUGUAACUCCUCCCACUGCUAUGUAACCCCUCCCACUGCUGUAUGAUUCCUCCCACUGCCACAUGACACCUCCCACUGCUUUGUAACUCCUCCCACUGCUUUGUAACUCCUCCCACUGCUGAGUAACUCCUCCCACAUCUUAAAAUCCAACUCCAUCUAUACUUUUUCUCUUGUAAAAUCGUUCCAAAUGGUCUCUUAAUUAUGACUCUGCAGUUUUUAGUCAAAAUCCAAAAGCCUGUUUCAUUUUUUAAGACAUAUUUCCUGCAGCUCAUUAGAAAUACGAUUCUAGGUUGUGGGCGGGGCUGUUGGGGUGGAAGUUAGCUCUGCUGAUAUCCCAUCAGCCUUUGUUUACACUCUGUUUACCGUUUCUCACAAGCCCAUGCUAGCAUUAGCCUAGCAAAACAACGGUGUGGAACACUGGAGUUAUCCAGCCGGACAGUUUGAGUCAGACUCCAGCUCAGACGAGGAGGACGAAGGCACUAAUAGAUCUGUUUGUCUGCAAGUGGAUCCUUCCGGACUGGAGCGGAACAGGGAGACUUUGGACAGUUCAGUACCGGCGUCAUUCGUCCGGUUCUCAUCUGCUUCUAAUUGAAUUAAGAAAUUCUAAGAAAUGCAGUUUUAGUUGUAAAUUCUUUUAUAUAGAUCCUCUAUUAGGAGGGAAAAGCUACAAGAAGAUGUUAAAAACACAAAACAUUAUUUGUCUUUAGAGUGCACAUAAUUCACUACUUCUGAUUGUUUUUGCUUUGUCAUCCUUUCACUUUAAACUAUGAUACAUUUUGGAAGAACGUUAACAUCUUUUUGCCGUGUCUGUGUGUGUGUGUGUAUAAAAUACAGUAACUGAGCUGAAUGCUGGAAGUUUCCUCAGACUCGGUUCCGGUCCAGAGACUAAAUGCAGCAGUUCUUCUCUCAGCCAACAGCUGCAGGACUUGACUCGUCCGUCUGAGUUACAGAAGGACGAGUUUGAAGAACCGCUUUGAUUUUCUGGAGCAGAACUUUAGGAGAGAAUCUGUGUCAAAGGUGAAGAUCACAGAAGCUCUGCGGCUGGGAGACGCUGCGUUCAGGGACCUCAGCAGCAGCCGAUUCUGCAGAGUGACAUCAUCACAGCACUCCUCCACCGGGUCGGGUCCAGACACAGACAGCAGCUGGUCCUGAUCCUGGGGGAAGGUCGGGUCCAAAAACAGGAUUUUAGAAUCUUUUUGAGGAAGUCAGUGGAUCAGAUGAUCACGCCGGAUCAGCUGUUUUACAUGAAUAAAUGUCAGUCCGGUUCUCUCACUGGAACUGCUGCUCUGGUUCUGUCUGAAACCAGGAAGAGGAACCGCGUCGGUCCAAUCCUCAGAACUUUACGCUUCCUGUGUCUCAGAGAGCAGUGCUUCUGUUCUAGUCUCUACAUGGUCCACAUUCUGAUAUGAUGGUCCAACAGGAACCAGCUGGACCCUGAAGCUCAGCACCAGAACAACUGGAGCCCAGAGGGAAAACCGAACAGGGAAGCCUCGGGUUCUGCAGGUCCAGAUCAGUGUGACGCCGUAUUCGGGUUUUGAAGGGAUUUGAAGGAUAAUUUAUGAUUGGACAGUUUUGUUUUUUUUUAAUUUACAUUUUUUAAAUAAAGAACUUGUAAUUACUUUAUGCAGAAAUUCUGCUGUAAAAAUAAAUCUUUAUAAAUUGUG